GCGGGCCUGGGUUGCGAGCUAAAAUUAGCAACUGAGAUAUUAAAUACUCAAAUUAAAACCUCAUUAAUUCUAAAACCGGCGUAUAUUCUCUAUCUUUGUAAUGUCACAUCUGGUUUAUGAGUGACAGAACUUUGUAUUUUCUAAUGUAUGCUCAUAUUAUCUAACGCGAAUAAAUAGUUGAUAAAAGCCAAAAAUUUGUAUAAAGCCAUAUAAUUUGAACGUAUUUGUUGCUUAGUUACAAAUCUCCUCCUUCGUUAGAUUAAUAUGUUAUUUAGUGACUUUCGGGUAUCGUGGAAGUGAUUUUAAUUUAUUAUUGUUAAUAGUUAAACCAAUUAGUCCUAACGAGUCUUAGGUGGAUAGUUCAUCAGUUCUAAUCGUAACGUCCGUGUUAUAACAGUUAUUAUGGAAUCGUUUCACAUUAUAUUCCACGUUCUAGUGAUCACUGGACUCACUAUUCAAUUCACUGAAGCCGGUCUAAUAACACCCAUCGGAGGUAUGAGCUCGAUUAGUUUUAGACCAUUAAUAACAACUGGAUAUAUUCAAAACAGUCCAAUAUUACGGCAACCUAAUCCGGGAUUAACUUAUAUCAAUCCCGUUAGCCCAACGCCUAUAAAUGGUGCGAACUCAUGGUUUUACGUUAACAGGCCAACUAUUCAAAAAGGAGUUUUGACUCAGAAUCCAUGGUUCUCGGGAUCUACCCCAUCUGCGGUAUUUAACAUACCUACAGGAGGACCAAAAACUGACAACACACCUGAUUAUGAUGCGAUCCUAGCCCAGAGAUUCCCUGAUGCUUACAAGUUGUUGGAAGAAUUGAGGAGAUUAAACAAGAAAAAGGAGGAACAGAGAAAGAAAGAACAGAGGCCAAAUGUUUCUGAAGGGACAACAGGAGAACCUGAUUCGAAGUCCGACAACAUUUUCACUCCUGACGUGAAGGAUAUUGGACACAUGACUACUACAAAACCGAGUAUGAUUAAUGGGAAGUAUGUUAUGACAAAACUUACGAAAAAGAAGUUCUAUCAACAAGCGCAACCGGUGAGGCCUGAGAGUGAGAAACCAGAGACGAAAGAAGUAGUGUACUUUAUUGAUACGUAAAAGCAUGUCUUUAAGGAUUAGCGCUGUCACAACCAUCUGUUAGUACGUUUGUAUAUGCUAAGAAAGCGCUGGGCCUAUGAACUAGUCCCUGUUGUUUCUACACAUGGAGACCACAGAUUUUUUUUCUGGAUUACUGUCUUAUUCAUUUCCUACAGACAAUUCAUUCUUGAAACAACAAGAAUCCUCAAACAG